CAGCAGCAUUACAGGAAUUAACAAUGGAGCAUGGCAGUGUUCACAGAGUUUCCUUUUGCAACAGAUUUUCAAAUGUUCUUGACUCUUUUUAUCUCACAACAUUUGGACAACUGAAGCUAUCUGUUCAUCUUCAAGAUGGGGCACUUGCUGUUCAUAUUAUGGAAGCAAAAGGACUUCUGGGAAGAGAAUACCGCCCUUGUGAUUCUUAUGCAAAGUUGUCAAUGGUACCUGACUGUGAUCGUGGACGUAGACAGAAGACGAAGACUGUACCAGAUUGCAAGAAUCCAGUAUUUCGUGAACAUUUUAUUUUUUCUUUGCAGGAAGCAGAUGAACAAAAGAGACUUCUUGUCACAGUUUGGAAUAGGGACAGGAAUUCAAGAUGCACCGAGCUACUUGGAUGUAUGAGCUUUGGAGUGAAGUCACUGCUUGCAUUGGAUAAGGAGGUCAAUGGUUGGUAUUAUCUACUUGGAGAGGAUCUAGGCAGGACAAAACAUUUGAAAGUGGCCACACGUCGCCUCAAACCAGUUAGAGGAGUUGCCUUGAAAAGUAAUGCAGUAGCAAAUGAAAACAGAGACACUGAGAAUAUACUGCCAUUGAAGGUUACAAUACCACGUGGCAAAGAUGGCUUUGGCUUCACAAUUUGCUGUGAUGCUCCCGUUCGUGUGCAAGCUGUAGACCCAGGUGGCCCAGCUGAUCAAGCAGGUUUGCAAUCACUAGAUACUCUAUUACAGUUAAAUGGACAGCACGUAGAACAGUGGAAAUGUGUGGAGUUGGCUCAUGCAAUAAGAAACUGUCACAGUCAGAUCAUUGUUUUAAUCUGGCGCCUUGUACCUCGAUUGAGACCCAACUUUGAACGCAUGAUUAGGAAACCAUCUUGUAGAUCAAAUUAUGAUUUGCAGUGUCCACCCAACAAACGUGAAAAGAACUGUUGUACUCCAUCAAUGUCCAUGGACCACAGGGAAAGUUGCCAUAUUGUGUAUGAUGGUACUGAUGGAGUUGUACUGAACAGCUGGGAGCGACGUGAGGAGUUUGACAAAUGUCCACGAAUUGGGCCUACAAUGUCAAAGGAUAGGCCUGAGGGAGACAAUAUUCUCAUCCUUUCUCCAAUACAACAUGGUAGCCAGAUUUUGAGGACAAUACCUCAAGAAAACCAUGUUAUUUAUGCAAAUGUAGGCCGAAGCAGAAUUCAAGGUGGCCCAGAGAGAAAGCAGUCACUAAUAGGAUCUUCCACAGAUAUCUUGAAAUCAACUGUACAAGCAGUGAAGAAUUAUGGGAAUUACAGAAACUGCACAAUUGUGAGAUCUCAUAUUCCCCAUGCUAACUAUGGGACAUGCAUGACACUUACUCCAAAAAUUUUGGUGUUCCCUCUCUUUGUUCAGCCCCUAGAUCUGUGCAACCCAGCACGGUCACUGCUCCUUUCAGAAAACAUACUUUUCCUUGAUGGCACAAGUAGACCAUUGAAGGUCUGCAUUUUCAUCUAUACUGACUUAAUGCUUUUGACCAAGGAGGACGAGCAGGGUCACUGUAGUGUUCUACAAAAUCCUCUUUUCCUUCAGAAUAUGGAGCUAGAGGAAGGUGCAGCAGAAGAUUUGCAGUUUUACGUAACAUAUGCUGAGAAAUCACCAAGCAUUUUGGGUUUGGAGGCAUACUCAACCGAGCAAAAGCGAAAAGUGUGCCAGUGUUUAUCGGAGAACAUUGUCAAACAGAAGCAAGAACACAGAUCAGCAGUAGCUGAAGCAGAGAGCAAAAUGCUUGACCCAAAAUCAGAUGAACAGUCGAAAAUGCUGUCUGAGGAACAGCUUCCAAUUAAUAGUGCCCAGCUAACUGGUAAAGAAAAUGGUGAAAAUGAGAACAUCUCAGAAAAAGAACAAGUUCCUGAAGGAGAAAAUGAUUCUGUAGAAGGGGUGAAAGAAAAUAUUGAAAAUCCAAGUGCCAUAGAGUCACAGAAUCUUCGAAUGCCAUUUAAUAUACCUGAAGUCAGACUUGACAGAAGCUUCAGCCAAAGUGCAGAUGAACUACCAAUCUUACAGAUCGAUGGUGAUGAUAAUGAUGAGGAGGAGGAGGAGGAGGAAGAAGAUGAUGAUGAUGAUGAUAAUGAUAGUGAUGAUUGUUAUUUGGACAGUUGUACUUCUAAACGACGGAGUAUGAUUGAGACAUCAGAUUGUGAGAAACAUAGUACACUUUCUGUUCAGAACUCACUACGACGUCGAACCCAUAGUGAGGGCAGCCUUCAGCAGGAAGCUAAGGCACAAUGUUUUAAAUCUGACAAUGCACUCAACUGUGUAGGGUGUGAUGGUCAGAAGGCAAAGACCAACUGGGCUCCUCCCUCUCCAACAACUCUCAAAAAGGAGCUAGCUAUUGUGAAAAAUGGUGGUUCUAUGCAUCAAUUAUGCCUCAUCUUCUCUGGACGUAAACUGUAUGGAGCAGAUUCUGACUUUGAUGAAACUGAUGAUGGCUCCAAGAAGAAAAAGACAAAGAAUUUGGCCAAAGAUAUGAAAAACCGCUUGGGAUUUCUACGUCGACGGAAUGAAUCUGGUGGAGGCAGCAAUGCUGCAAAACUCGAUAAAGUCAUUAAAACGGUGAAACCCUCAUCAGAGGAAGCUCUAAAAUGGGGAGAAUCAUUGGACAAACUUCUUAUCCACAAAUAUGGAUUAGCAGCUUUUCGAGCCUUUUUACGCACUGAAUUCAGUGAAGAGAAUCUUGAAUUCUGGUUGGCAUGUGAGGAUUACAAAAAAGCCAAGUCACAAUCUAAAAUGACUUCAAAGGCCAAAAAGAUUUUUGGAGAAUAUAUUGCCAUUCAAUCCUGUAAAGAGGUUAACUUGGACUCCUAUACAAGAGAACACACCAAGGAAAAUCUUCAGAAAGUGUCACGGUCCUGCUUUGAUCUUGCUCAAAAAAGGAUAUAUGGUUUAAUGGAAAAGGACUCUUAUCCUCGAUUCCUGCGAUCAGACCUGUACUUGGAUUUGAUAAAUCAGAAGAAUCAAAGUGCUGCAUCAUAGGUGCAUGCAUCUAAUUUCCUGACAGGGACUUGGGACAAAUUAAUUGCUGUGUUUACACCAUUGGAAAGAGAGGAUCAUCAUUGCUGUUUAUCUCAGCAACUUUGGAACCCACUUAAGUGGACUGAAUCAGAACUCUGUAUCAGAAGUUAGGUGCUUGUGAGAUGAACAGGUUUGGACAAUUUGGAAGAAAACAAUCAGGUACUGUUUUACAGUAGGGUUUUGCUAAGAAUUUCCGUUCCUCUCUGAGAGUGGUAUGUUGUUUUUGGAGUACAUCCUUUUAUGUAUUUGUUGUGUAACAACAGCAUAAGGACCUCCAGAACCAUGGCAGCGAAACAGUUACCUUUACACUUCCAGUGUGCCAAAAUACCCACCUGUUAUUUUCUGGAGCAAUGUGUCUUUCCACAGCAGCAUCAAGAGCCCCUUUUUGUGGGGUGUAGGAAUAAUUAUGAUCAAAGACAAUCAUAAAGGACCAGAUCACCAUUAAAAGCUGUGCUUUCAAGAACCAUAGAGUUCCUAUCCAUCCUCAAAGACUGAGCUUGCAAAUUCUGCCUCUUCCAAGCUUUGUGAAAAUUGAGACUGUGACAAGUAUAUUGGAAGAAACUACUUUGAAGAGGCAUUUCUGUUGAUGAUAUCAUGGCACUUUCCACUUUCUUUUAUGAACCUGUGUUCUUAGGUGGUACCAAGUGUGCAUGCAACAGAAAUGUAUGAAAUAGCUUUGUUAUAUGCUGAUGAGGAAUGAGCUAUUUAUUAGUAUACCCAGAUGCUUGAUGCAUUUCUAAUAGGUAAUAUUCCUUGUUUUCCUUUCAUUUGUUGAAGUGCAAUAUUUUGAGGUAUGCUCUUUACCUUACAUUAAUUGUCAUUGUAAUAUUUCCUGGAGUCUGUACAAAUUAUGUUGAAAUCUGAAAGUUAAUUUCCAGUUAAUGUUUAACUUUAACUGUACAUACCCCGGCAGCAGGCAGCUGGGGAUUUUCCAGCUGUAUAUAUAGUUCCUUACAAAUUUUGAGUUUAAUAAUCCUAAUAUGAGACAGUAGAUUAAUGAACAUGUAAAUAUGAAUUGUCUCUUCAAUGCUACAAAUGUUGCAAGGGAGAUAGUGGGAAUGGUUUUGUUUAGUCGUGGAUGCUUGUAAAGGAAUUCAAGGACAAUGUAUUUUUGUCAAUUUUCGUUGUUUACAGUGCAGUUUCUCCAUAAAACAAAAAAGGAAGAAAAAAGGUCUUUUUAUGGUAAAUAAACAAUUGUUAACGAG